AGAAUUUUCAAUUCGGUUGCCCUGGUGAUCGUUCAAUUUAAAUCCUUGCUACUUAGGACUCGGAUUUAUUUCAUUGCCAAUUUUCAACCUCAUCCAGCUUUAUUACAAUUCGUAAACCUCGUCAAUCACUUUUCCUCAACAUACUAAAUAUACCCAUAAAUAAAUAUAACGCCAAUCAAUCAAUCAGUCGAAGCAGUCAUUCCAAAUCUAUCUAUCAAAUCAAUUAAUAGUAUAGUAGUAUCAGUACAUACCAAAUAAUACAGCAUGGAUGACAGCGGUCUGCCACCCAACUGGGAGGUGCGUCACAGCAACUCCAAAAACCUCCCAUAUUACUUCAAUGCGAGCGAAAAGGUCUCGCGCUGGGAGCCACCACCAGGAACCGAUACCGAGAGACUGAAGAAGUACAUGGCUACUCACCAUUCUACUUCCACACAAAGUUCUUCUGCCGGCCGCCCUGAGGGAAAGAUUCGUGCCGCUCAUCUAUUGGUGAAGCACCGGGAUAGCCGACGACCCGCCAGUUGGCGCGAGAGCGAAAUCACCCGAUCCAAAGAUGACGCCAUGGUUAUCAUCAAGGGCCACGAACAAAAGAUCAAGAGUGGUGUCGUAUCUCUCGGAGAACUCGCCAUGAGUGAAAGCGACUGCAGCUCAGCGAGGAAGAGAGGGGAUUUGGGAUAUUUCGGCAAGGGAGAUAUGCAAAGGGAGUUUGAAGAGGCUGCUUUUGCACUACAACCCGGCCAAAUGAGCGGAAUAGUAGAGACAGCAAGUGGAUUGCACCUCAUUGAGAGACUAGAGUGAGCCUCAGUAUACGAUGGAAAGAGGCUGGGUUCAGUUUCUCGGUAACCGGGACUCGGUCUAGAACUCGAAUUUAAUAGGUCAUAUACGUCAUGGAGCUGCAGAGCGCUCUUCGUUCUUCGUCUUGAAAAUACAACAAUCAUGAGAGUGAUUGGUACCUAGGCAGUCGUAUGGGAUUUAUUCCGGACCUUGAUUUGUACUCGUUCGCUAUAUACCAGUUACCAUCUGGAGCAUCAUAGGCCCAAUGUGAUCAUACUAAUUUAAGAAGCCUUCAAGGAAGAGUAUUUACGAUGGGUCUCGACUAAGAUGAAAAAAGGAGGCUACGUAAAAGAAUUGCUAAAACAAAGACGGCUGCAAGUAUAUGUGCAACUUAUAUAGCCUUGGUAAUCUCGGGGAGAGGCGCAACAAUGAUAUUGCUCUUCGUCUUCUAA